AUGCGCCCCCCCCGCCCCCUCGCGCUGCUCGCCCUCGCCCUCCCCGCCGCCGCCUUCCGCGACACCUCCCCCCUCCUCAUAUGGCUCCCCCACGCGCCCCACGCGCCCCUCGCGCCCCCCCUCGCAGACGCCGCCGCCGUCUAUUCCCAGCUGCACACCCUCGGCUGUGACUGGCACUCUGCGGUCGCCGUCCAUGUCGACGACCUCCACAGCUCGUGCACCGCCGACUAUGCCAUCCCGCCCGACGCCCACGUCCACAUCCCCUAUCUCAGCCGGCCGGAUAGACGCGCGCUCGACGACAGCCUCGAGGCAUGGGCGCGCACGUGCGGCGCCGUGGUAGACGACGCGGUGGACGCGGCGGUCGGUGGGAAGCGUCUCGUCAGGCUCAGCGUCGCGAAUGGAGAACCGAUCCCACCGCUCCCGCCCUCCUCCAUCCUCCUCAUCACCGGCUCGCCUUCCGGCUCCAGGCCGCACAAGCGACAGGAAGAACGCCCGUUCCCCACCCACUCGUCUCUCACCACCCGCCCGACCGCUUCCCCUCCCAAACACAACGCUACCGUCCCCGCCGACGGGCCCCUGUUCGACCGCGUCCAGAUCCUGACCACCCCAAUCAUCACCGCGUUACUCGUCACCUUUGGUAUCUUUAUCCCGCUUGCGGCGUUUGGUGUCAGUGCGCUCGCCAGCAUUCAAGUGCCUCCAAGGAUGAUGGAGAUUGGCAAGGGAUUAGUUGUCGGCAAGGAGAGAAAGGAUCAGUAGGCUGCGUUUGUGGAUGCAGUCGUGUUGCUCUUUGUAGACUAUAAAUACAUCCCAAAUAAUAUCUUU